AUGCCACACAGAGGAGCAUUCGAACCCAAAGAUGCCCGAGUCACCAACAUGUACGAGGACGAAGACGACGAUGACGAGUUGGACGAUUGGAGUUUUACCAGUUCAUCGGAUGUGACGCCCCGUCCACGCCGCAAGCUGAUGACAGGAACGCAAGCAUUAGCCGAGUUUUUGAUUACGACAAGUCCUGAAGAGUUCCAAAAGACGAACCCACCCAAACGCAGUUCCAACCUCUUCUUUCGCCGUCGUAAAAACAAGCAUUCACGACAACCCUCUACACCAAGCACGACCGCUUCAUCGAUACGAUCCUUUGCACCUAAUACAGUACAGCGUAUGAAUCAUAUUGAAAUCGUUGCCAAUGAUGGGCCACCUUCUACGUCUUUGGCUCGUAUUGCGAGUAGAACAAAGAAUGGAUCAUUGAUUUCACGCACACCCGUUCCACGUAAAGGCAUCAAUACAUCAUCAUCCAAUGCAGCAGCAGCAGCAGCCAUUACACCCAAUGAUCCAGGUCCAAUUCUACCAUCCAAUCGUAGUAUCAAACAUCGAGAAUCCAGCAUUUACAGUGAAUCCAUUCGUCAUUCCAAAAGUACCACUACCAUGUCUGUUGCAGCCGCCAACACCAACAACAACAACAACAAUGGCACCGUGAAUAGCAACAAUUAUCCUUCGAUUCGCGGCAGGCCGCUAAUGCGUCAUGAUACUGGAACAACUGUAUCCUUUGGAAGAAGAAUGAGUGAGCAUACCUUUGGUGGCACCAUGUCAAAUCCUGAUAAUUCGAGGAAUAUUGUGACAGCAGCAGCAGCUGUUGCAGGACCACCACCACCACCCCUACAUCCCAGCAUGCAACAACAACAACAGCAAUAUCGACAAGAACGUGAUAAGAGAGCGACCGAAGCAUUGGUUACACAUAUGGCUUCGCAAGAAUUAGAGGUGAUGGAAAAGGCAUUGAUCCAACGAUUGGAACGAUUUCAAUUGGCCAAGAUGGAUAAACCAAGUGAUACUGUUGCUGCUGGCUUGGCAACGGAGCAUAUCAAGGCACUACAAGCUUCGCUGGACGACCAGGCUGAAACAGACAACCUAUUCAAUCAUCAUCUUUCUUCACCCAAACGCCAAGUACGACAUGUUCAAGUACAAACAAUGACAUCCUCAUUCUCAGAUGAAUCGAUCACCAAACCCAACAACAAUAGCAUGACAGCUGCUGCUGAGGAUACCACCCAUACCACCACAACCACCACCAUUCAUCAUAACAACAACAAUAACGCAUCGAGACCUACGUCAGCCACAUCCGAAAGUGAAGCAUCGUUGGUCGAACAACUUCAACAACAAUUAGCACAUGAACGACAGCAACGAAGGCAGCUGCAGGCGGCGUUGGAUGAGACAUGUGAUCAUUUUGAAACAUUGAGUGGAUUGGCAUACAAGAAACUACGUGAGCUUUGGGAAGAAAAGAAUCAUUGGGAGAAUGCAUGCAUUGAAUUACGAGAAAGGCUCUUCAGUACAAGUAUGCUGGAUCAAUCUCAUGUACAACCCCCCAUGGAUGAUGCUCUUUCUGGAUUCCCUGAUAGUACGUACGAUAUAGAUAAAUAG